AGUCCGGGAGUGCUGAUGGUGGAGGUGGGCGGGGAGAUUUCUACAGAGCAGAAGCAACUGUUGCUGCAGUGAUUGUUGGAUUGGAGUAUGGUAUUUUUUCUCCUGUAAUUUGGCCAAGUGUGCUGCCUGCCAACCCAAAACCUGUUUGGAGGCUAUGGCUGAUAAGCCGAAUCCUGGAACCCUAAGUGACAGUUCUGAGCAACUCUUCUCCUUUGGAGUUAUAGCAGAUAUUCAAUAUGCUGAUUUAGAAGAUGGAUAUAAUUUCCAAGGAAACAGAAAGAGGUACUACAGACAUAGUCUUCUUCACUUACAGGGUGCCAUUGAAGACUGGAAUAAAGAAGGCAACACACCCUGCUGUGUCCUCCAACUUGGAGAUAUCAUCGAUGGCUACAAUGCACAGUAUAAAGCAUCAGAAAAGUCUCUAGAACUUGUUAUGAACACUUUCAAAAUGCUUAAAGUUCCAGUUCAUCAUACUUGGGGAAACCAUGAAUUCUAUAACUUCAGUAGAGACUACUUAACAAACUCUAAACUUAACACAAAGUUUCUAGAGGACAGGAUUGCAUGUCAUCCUGAGACCAUACCUUCAGAGAAUUAUUAUGCCUAUCAUUUUGUACCAUUCCCUAAGUUCCGGUUCAUUUUACUUGAUGCUUAUGACUUGAGUGUCUUGGGUGUAGAUCAGUCUUCUCCAAAAUACCAGCAGUCUAUGAAGAUGCUGAGGGAGCACAAUCCAAAUAUGGAGUUGAAUAGUCCUCAAGGACUUUCUGAACCCCAGUUUGUCCAGUUUAAUGGAGGAUUCAGCCAAGAACAACUGAACUGGUUGAAUGAAAUUCUUACAUUUUCUGACACAAACCAAGAAAAGGUGGUGAUUGUGAGCCAUCUUCCCAUUUACCCAGAGGCCUCUGACAGUGUGUGCCUGGCCUGGAACUACACAGAUGCCCUGGCGGUCAUUUGGUCUCACAAAUGUGUGGUUUGUUUCUUUGCUGGUCACACUCAUGAUGGUGGCUACUCUGAGGAUCCUUUUGGUGUGCACCAUGUCAACAUAGAAGGAGUUAUUGAAACAGCUCCAGACAGCCAAGCUUUUGGCACAGUUCAUGUCUAUCCUGACAAAAUGAUGCUGAAAGGGAGAGGCAGAAUUCCAGAUAGAAUUUUGAAUUACAAGAAGGAAAAAGCUUUCCAUUUGUAGUCUGAUUUAUCUUGUUUGAUGUUGUAGAAUGAGAAUGACUUUGCUUUGUGUUUGUCCCUACCACACAAGAAGGAAAACGAAAAUAAAAAUUCUCAAUCCUAUUGUUUAGUAUUAUGCUUGUGCUCGCAUAACAAAAUGUGGUUUGGGCUUCAGUUUGUGUUAGUCAAGAUAACAUAUUGAGAAAGCUCAUUUUUGGAUAAUAUAUCCAGUGCUGAAAGUUAGAAACAGAAUAAACCAGGAGGGGAGUUGGAGCAUUUCAUCCUCUAAGGGGCUUUAUUUGACCUUAUAUGAAAUAUUUCUGCUUUGUGUAAGGAGAAUGUAUUCAUGUUCAUGUACAUUCAUGUAUAUCUAGCUUAAAAUUCAUAAUAAGAAUAAAGCUCAGGUAAGCUUUUCUAUCCACCCUGCAGUGUGCGUGAGCUUUGAACAGUUUUGCUCAGAAUACCUGUACUUGGACUUGAUAGGCUAUAGUCCCAUUUUGUGAACACAAAUUAUCAGAAGUUACUUCACAGAUGAAUGUGUGGUGCCCCAUCUCUCUCAGAAGGGCCUCUAAGGAAGUCAUCUGGUCCUCUUGUGAUCCUAGCCAAAGCAGGACCAAGCACUGUUGCAGCUGUGUGCUUACUGCUUUGGUCUGUGUGGGACAUUUGCUAGUGCCUAUAUGAGUCCAUAGUUGGUAAAUGAAUUUAUUCUUGACACCUUUUCUACAUGGAGUAUAUUGAAUUCAUUUGUCACACAUGCUAGGGCUUAUCUGCAGAAACACUUAACUGGAUGGCAAAUCGAACUGUUCAAGUGUGGAGAAGGUUUGAUUUGGGUUCUGAAAAACAUUGUAAGUAUGCCUUGUUGAGAACCAAUGCACUACAGGGAUAUAGAAGUGUAUUAUUUACCACAGCUGCUGAUAGAUUCCUACAUCAGCUUAGAGCUUGGUGGCUUAGAGCAUGUCUAUUCUCUGGUAGUUCUAGAGGUCAGAAGUCUGAAGUCAUUUUCACCAGGCUGAAAGCAAGGUGCUAGCACAGCCACACUCCAGUAAGCUCUAGGCAGAGCCCUUCUCCUUCCCUUUUGCAGGCUCCUGAGUUGCAUUUUUGCAUUCCUUGGCCCACCUGGAUAAUACAGGUAAUCUUUCCAUCUCAGGAUCCUUAAUCACAUCUGCAAAGUCCAUUGUGUAGCAUAAAGUAUCAUAGGUUUCAAGGAUUAGGACCUAGAUAUCUUUGAGGGCUGGUAUUCAGCUGGCCAUAGAGAUGACUGAUGAGCUCCUAUAUUCGUAGACCUUACCAUGAGUGAAAGACAUACACAUACACAAAUAUGUUGUGAAAUUGGCUGUCAUACAAA